AUGGGGCCCUUGAGCCAGACCUGCCCGGGCGCCACCGGGAAGCGAGGGGAGGAUUUGGGGGUCUGGCGCCACCCCGGCGGGCGGGGCCCGGCGUCGCCCCCGGCCUCCUCCCCCCACCGGUCCCGCGGCGGUCCCCCCGGAGGCCCGCCGGCCGGCCGGAGCCCUCCCCCUGCGCCGCCCCUACCUCCGAGCCACGGGUCGGAGAGUGGCCGGGGAGGCCCCCGCGUGCCCGGUGACCCCACCGCCCCGGGCGCGCACACGGAGGAGUCCCCCGUCGCGCCGACGCGCGCGCGCCGCGUAGAGCCCGGCGGCGUCUUCGGUUUCCGCCUCGGUCCGGGGGGCCGCCCCCCUCCCGCCCUCAGCUGGCCGGGGCGGUCCGGCGCCCCCGGCUCCUCCCGCCGCGGAAAUCCGGCCUCUGAGUCGGGCGCUCAACGGGGAGUCGGGGGUGACAUCCAGAGAGGUCCCGGGACGGCGGGCGCUAACCGGGCCCGGGAUCUCUUCUUCCCUCCCGGGAAGCUUGCCCCUCUCGGCCGCGCCCCCGUCGCCGCCCUCACGGCGUGGGGCGUUCUCUCUCGCCGUCUCCCAUCCCCCUCUGCCCUCCGCCUCCCCGGCCCGCGCCGUCUCGCCGCGCCUGUUCCUCCGCCUCGGUGGCCCUUCGUCUGUUGCCCCCCGUCCUCCGGGCCCGUCUCUUCCCCCUCGGACCGGCCCUCCGUCCGGCUCCCGCUCCGGGAGGACUCUGACGGCGGCGCGGGGCCGUCGGUCACCUCCCCGCCUCUCCCGGAGAAGAAACAAACAGCGGAGGGGCCGCGGAGGCCCGAGGGGGCCCGGUCCGGGGGCACCCGGCGGGGCCCGCUCGCGCGGCGGCCCGGAGACGGGGGGGGGGUCCCGUCGAGGGAGGAGCGGCCGAGGCCCGGGUCCGGGGGCGGCGGCCCGGCGGGAGGCCGCGGGGGAGACCUCCGGGUGGCCCCUCGGAGAGGGUGGGCGGUCCGAGCCGGGGCCCGGGGGGCCGGGGCUCCUCCCGACGUGUGGAGGCUCGAGGCCGAGGGGCGGCGGGAUCCACGCGGGGCGCCCGGAGGCCCGCCCGGCCCGCCCCGCCGCCCGGCCCGGCCGGUCCCGCCGCGGGACGGGGCGACGGGCGCCCUCGCCGGCCGGCUCCGGCCCCCCGGCCCGGGGAGGGCCCCCCGCGUGAAGCGGGGCCGAGAGGUAGGCCGCGGGCCCGGGCCCGAGGCCCGGAGAGCGGCGCCCGACGCCCCGACGCCCGACGCCUCGCCCGCCGGGCCCUCGGCCGACCCCGGGCCCGGACCCCCGGGGCCCGGGCGGCCCCCGGAGGGAGUCGCGGAGCGGGAGAGCGGGGCGGGGGACGCGCCACCUCGGGCUCGGCCCCCGAGGCCCCUCACCCCAUCUGCCGUCCCUCCCCUGGGCCCGAGGGAGCUCUGUGCGGCUUUGUGA